AUGUUUUCGUCAAAACUUGGAAUUAUUUUUUCAGUUUCAUUGUAUAUUUUGUUGUUCUAUUCAAUUUUUGAUAUAUAUUACACAUCUCCUCUUACACACGGGCUGAGCUAUGAUCGUCCUUCAGUACCUGGCUUGGUAAAUAACGUUGUAUUCAUUGUUGCGGAUGGCCUCCGUUAUGACAAACUUUUCACUGAGAAAAUGGAACAUACUCCAACUUUAAGGAGUAUAGUCAUGGACCGGGGUAGUUGGGGCUUCUCCCACACAAGAGUCCCCACGGAAUCUAGGCCCGGACACGUUGCUCUUUUUGCCGGAUUUUACGAAGACGUGGCUUCAGUUACAAAAGGAUGGCAGGCCAACGCUGUUGAGUUUGACUCCGUCUUCAACCGAUCGAAUCAGGUGUUUGCGUGGGGUGGUCCCGAUGUGGUUCCUAUGUUCCAGCCACCUGAUCGUGUCGGUGAUGCUCGAGUAAGGAUUGAGAGCUAUCCGCACUCUAUGCUCGAUUUCACAGCCGAAAAUAUAACCCAAGUGGACGAUUGGGUUGUCGAUCGAUUCUCCGAAUUUAUGACAGCAGAGUCUGAUCUCUUACUGAAAACCGACUCAUCAGGAUCCGCAGCGGAUGGGUUUCGCAGGGGAAAUCUGGUUUUCCUUCAUCUCAGCGCGGCAGAUCAGAUGGGCCACACGCAGAAACCAGGCUCUGAGGAGUACACUCGCAUGAUUCAAAACAUCGACGCUAACAUCGCUCGUGUGCUCAAACUCUUCGAAGGCAACAAGCAACUCGCUCAAGAAACUGCCUUCAUCUUCACCGCCGACCACGGAAUGACUGAGUGGGGCAGCCAUGGUGCGGGCUCGCUUCACGAGACCGUCACACCACUCAUUGUCUGGGGAAAACACAUUCCCACACCUUCAUCGGUGGCCGAUUUGAGCAGAGCCUCUGGUGCCGACGGCCUGUUACCUUUCAACUACGGUUUGAAGCACUACAACGUCCGUCAGGCAGACCUGUGUCCGCUGAUCGCGGCGCUACUUGGAACUCCAAUCCCGGCCAACUCCGUAGGUGAAUUGCCACUGGAUCUUCUGGAUGUGGAUUCCUCGCUGAAGGUGGCACUUAUCAGGGAGAACGCGCAGCACAUUCUCAAGCAGUUGCAUGUAACUCGACGUGCUAUUCCCCUCAUACGCGCAAGUUGUAGUGUCCGUUUGUUUGACAAGGUGUUUAGCAAACUCACCCAAAACCAGAUUACCGCCAUGCUCGCAACUGCAACCUCGCAAACCAGGAACCAGGACUACUCCGCAGCUAUUGAAACAUACCGCAGCAUCAUCCGAUUGAGCUUAGAGGGCCUCAACUACUACCACAAAUAUGACCGCUUUUUCAUGGGCUUUUGUAUAGUGGCAUCCUAUGCGGUCUGGUCGUUGAUGCUCUACGCCGAUAUGGUCAGUCGACAUGGCGCAAGACCUAGCCAGCAAAACGGUCUCACGAAGUCCACCUGGACGUCCAGUCCUUCUACUUUGCUGGUUUUUCUCGCUUUGUGCUUUACUGGCGUCCUCAUCAUCCGGAGUGUCUAUCACCGCUCCUUGCUACGAACAUUCUACCAACUACUGCCACUCAUUCUUAGCACAAUUCUCCUCACAAAUUCACGCUUUCGUCUAGUCCUGUCCCGUUCGUCUGGCCAUUUCUUUUCUGCUGAAUCGACCAAUGAAAAACGGACUGGUCCGAGGUUGGGCAUGCUGUUGCUGCUUCUAACUGUACUUAUGGAAUUCGCCCUCUGGGGCUUCAUUCGUCGACCCUUGCUCUCGUUCGGAGCACUACUUCUCGGUGCUUGGCCCUACAUUGACGUCUCGUUCAUUGUGUUGUCAAAUAGGCAAACACUGCAGCGACUGUGGCUUGCAGCUUGUCUUGUGCUGGCAGUCUUCCCCACACUACCCGUGGUUGGAUCAUUCUCCUCCCCUACUCUGGUACUCAUUUCGAGCGUGUGCGUGUCGGCUGCCUCGUAUGUCUUUCUCCAGAAGCGCUGUGAGUCAAAGCCACCGCAUUUCUGGUCCACUGAGCCGCACUUUAUUCUGGUAGUUGGCGCUCUAGUCAGCGGUGUUCUUGUCUUCCUUGUUCGAUGCUUGGUUGCUCUCUCUGCCCCGAUUCCCCUCCUAAUCCACGUGAUUAGCUGGAUUCUUUUGGUAGCAACUUCUAAUCACACAAUUUGCGUCUUUUUUUUAGUUGCGUCGCCAGCGGUUGCCAUGGUCAGCGCUGACUUAACCGUCAGCAGGAAACUCGUCAGCCUAACACUGGCCUUCUUCAUCCCAUUCAACCUCAUGAAUGUAUUGUAUCCUCUUGCAUCCAUCAGGCUUGCCAUCCGACGUCCCUACUCAUCAACGACCCUUAGUAGUCUAGUUCGCGGUUCUAAAAUCUUGUCUAGACUUUCGGAAUUGUUUUUUUUUGGGUGUCGACGUUUGAAGCAGUGCCGAAUUGAGUGUCCCCCUGGUACUCGCUACGAAGGCGCCUUCUUCUUCGUGCUAACGACGGUGGCAUUCAUGUGGAGCUGGUUCGAGUCUGGUCUGGAAUUUCACGAGUUCUUCGGGCUGCGUUUGGCAUCCGAUGCCUCCGCACUACCGCCAGUCACCGGAGAACACACUUGCAUAGAUCGGGCGAACCUUCGUCAACCGUUCUUCUAUGUAUCCUUUCGUGCCGCGCCAGACCCAAGUGCUACCGAAAAUGACCUACUGUUGAUUUUAUCAUUUUCACAACUGCAGAUGGUCUGCCCCAUUAUGGUGAUUGGCACGGUGUACGCGUUGAUAGGCCGCGUGAGGGAGUCCCUGAGGGCUGGUUUGUCGACCCCUCGUCGCGACACCCACCACACCGAGACAACCAUCCUCAUGAUCAUCGCCAACUUCCUGGCAGUGCACUUUUUCGCCAUGCUCAGGGAUGAGGGCUCGUGGCUGGACAUCGGGGAGAGCAUCAGCCACUACGUGAUCGCCAUGUCAAUCGGCCUAGCUAGUGUGCUUCUGUCGCUUUUCGGUCGACGCAUGCUGACACCCCCAACUCCAACCGAGCCGCGUCUGCUAACCCCGAAGCUCAAAUAA